AUGGCUGUUAACAUCCCAGGAGUAAUAGCAAUGGUGUUUUUCUACCUGCUGGUACUUGGGACUGGCAUCUGGGCUUCUUUCAAAUCCAAAAGGGAAAAGAGGAGAAGUGGAGCCCCUGGAAUGGAGAUGACACUGCUGGGCAACCGCAGCAUUAGCCUGGUGGUGGGGAUCUUCACAAUGACAGCUACGUGGAUUGGGGGAGCCUUCAUUGUUGGAACAGCUGAGAUGGUGUACACACCCUCUAUGGGACUAACCUGGGCGAUCAUGAUGAUGAUUGCAUACAGCUCAUCUUUUAUCAUUGCUGGCUUCGUGUUUGGAAAGCCACUGAGAGAAAGACACUGUGUGACGAUGCUGGACCCUUUCCAUGCCAAGUAUGGAAAAUCAGUUACAGCUGGACUAGCCAUGGCUGCUCUUUUAAUGGAUCUACUGUGGGUUCCCACAAUACUAAUUGGAUUAGGGGGAAUUAUGAGUGUGGUCCUGGAUUUGUCCUACACUGUGUGCAUCUGGAUCUCUGCUGCCGUUGCCAUUACCUACACACUGCUGGGAGGUCUCUACUCUGUGGCCUACACAGAUAUUAUACAGCUUGUGCUCAUAUUCGUCAGCUUGUGGAUCUGUGUUCCCUUUGUUAUGAUGAACCCAUACUCUUUGGACAUUGGACAGACACUGACGAACAACACCUUACAUGCUCCCUGGAUUGGUACACUGGGGCUGAAACGGACCUGGAUAAUGAUUGAUAAUUUCUUAUUCUUUGCACUGGGGAGUAUUGGAUAUCAGUGCCUCCACCAGAGGACCUUGUCGGCAUCUUCCACAUCCACAGCCAAGAUCACUUGCUUUAUUGCUGCUGUCAUCUUACCUACAUUUGGGAUACCUCCUAUACUGCUUGGGGCAGCUGCUGCAUCCACAGACUGGAACCUGACCUCCUAUGGUUCUCCAUCUCCAUAUGAACGUGGGGAAUCAGUUCUAGUUCUUCCCAUCACCCUGCAGCACCUCACCCCAUGGUUCGUCUCCAUUAUUGGUACUGGAUGUGUGGCUGCUGCCGUGAUGUCAUCGGUUGACUCUGUGCUGCUUUCUGCCGCUUCUAUCUUCACCUCCAACAUAUACAAGAACAUUUUCAGGCCUCAGGCAUCAGACAGAGAGAUUCAGUGGGUGAUCCGUGCGUCUGUGUUGGUAGUGGGCUUGGUUGGUACGUUACUGUCCAACCUGAAAAACAGCAUGUUGGUGUUCUGGUUCACUAGUGCUGAAUUAGCCUACGUUGUAAUCUUCCCUCAACUUGUCUGCAUCCUCUUCUUCAACAUUUCAAAUGGUUAUGGGGCUGUGAUGGGUUUGCUGGUGGGAUGUGUGUUGAGACUGCUCAGUGGAGAGCCCUCACUAGGAUUACCACCAGUCAUACACUUCCCAGGAUGCACUCUUGAGGACGGUGUUUAUGUCCAGUACUCUCCAGUGAAGACCAUCUCCAUGCUGUCUGCCAUUGCUGCCAUCUUGUUGUUCUCCUAUCUGGUUUCUGUGCUCUUCAACAAAGGACUGCUUCCUGAGAAGUGGGAUGUGUUCAAAGUGAAAGCUCAGCAGUCACCACAACCACUGACACCAACAGAUGGAGCCACAGAAAAUAACGAAAAGGAGAAAUUAAAUAGAGACAACUCUCAGACCUUGGCUGCGGUUGAAUAGUCUUUUUUGCUUAGGAAGGUUCCUAACUGAGUGAAAUGACCCAGAAGUAUC